CAACAAAACUUUCUUCCUCAACUCUGCCUUCAAUACACAACACCUUAACAUACAGUUGAGUUCAAAAUAACAGUGAACUUGCUGGUAAUUAUAAUAUUAGACCAUACUAAAUAAAAUCUUCAUGUUAUGUAUAUGAUUAUUAUAACAUAAGAUCUUUAAUCAUUCCUUGGAUUUCCCUAUAGAUAAAUGAUGGGAAGAUCACCAUGCUGUGAUGAAAGUGGGCUAAAGAAGGGGCCAUGGACACCUGAGGAAGACAAGCAGCUAACUGAUUACAUCCAAAGACACGGCCAUGGAAGUUGGCGCGCGCUGCCUAAACUAGCUGGAUUGAACCGCUGUGGUAAGAGCUGCAGGCUUCGCUGGACCAACUACCUUCGCCCUGAUAUCAAACGCGGAAAGUUCACUGAUGAAGAACAACAAACCAUCAUCAACCUUCACUCUGUACUUGGCAACAAAUGGUCAGCAAUAGCAAGUCAUCUUCCAGGGAGGACUGACAAUGAGAUAAAAAACUUAUGGAACACCCAUUUGAAAAAGAAGCUACUACAGAUGGGUAUUGAUCCUGUCACUCACAGGCCGCGUACAGACCUCAAUCUGCUCGCAAACCUCCCUCAGUUGCUCAUGGCAGCUAACAUCAGCAGCAGUCUAAUGAUGAACAGUGGAAAUAUUGGUAAUCACACAUUGGAAGAUACACUAAGGCUGAUAGAAUCAGACGCUGCCCAACUUGCGAAAUUUCAGAUACUGCACAACUUGCUGCAGGUUCUAAGCCCAAGCAGCAGCAACAACGCGCCACCUGCAGGUCUCCUUAGUAAUUCAACCAUGCCUUUCCAAAAUCAAGUGAAUGAUAACUAUAACCUACUUAGAAUGGCCAAUUCUAGAGUCGAAACAGGGGUCACUGCUGGGAUCACAGCAAGUGAAAUCAGUCAAUUUCCGGCUUUGAAUACUUUAGGUGGUUCUAACAGCUUUGAAACACCAGCAACUCAUCAACAACUACAAACCAAUCAACACGACACUAAACAAACAGAUGCUGAAAUUCGGACACCUGAGAGUCUAAUGCCUGCUCUAGUACCGGCCUCACCAGACCACUGCAGUACCUCACAGAUAGAUACAAUAAUAAUGUCGUCAAAUCCUUCUUCAGCUACAACUGCUGCAACUGAUCCUUUCGAAACAGCUGCUGCAAGUUGGACUAAUGACCUUAUUGAUGACACUGAACACUCUUACUGGAGAGACAUCAUUGAGCAAGCAUCCUCCCCUUCCUGGCCUAUCUCAUCGUAGAGCAUGUAAAUUUUGGCUGAAUGAAUUAUAUGCAGAGACAAAUGGUUUGUUUAGGUACAUAGGAUAAUGCUUAGAUUAGCAUAAUUUAUAGUGUUACAUAUGGACAAUAUAUAAAUGUUAUACUACAUACAUUGAAGAAGUCCUCUUGUAUAAAAAUCUCUGCCACUUCAUUCCUUUAGUACUACUUGGUUGCAGCUAUAAGAUUAGAAGUAUAUUCCAUUUUCAUGCCAAUUUGACAGUCAUUUUGCAUCAUUUUCUUCUUCUCUUAU